AUAUAUGUAAUUCAUUUUCGAUGUAAAAGGUUAUGGAAGCUACAAGUUCUCCUGAGGAAGCAGGUUUGGAUUCCACUCUCAAAUAUGAAAAAUGUCGAUAUAAUAAUGCCAAUGUAUUUCUCCCGAAUACUCCAAUUAUAAUCAAAAUAGUUCAUUCUUGCGAAUCCCAGAUAAUAAUAGAUGCUGGGAACCAGUUACAAUCAAGAACUAUGUCAUUGGCUGGGAAACAACUCCCUCAUGGCAGUCUUGUACUCACUAACCAGAGUUGGUACGAGCUAAGAUUGAAACAUGGAGAUUUUGAAUGGAGUGUUCACCGCACUUUGGCGGAAUUAAAGUCCUUCCAUACUUCGUUUAUGCUACAGAGAGCCUUGCUAUCAAUAAGUAAUAAAAGCCGUCGAAAACUCCAUCCGUUUCCUCCAACUUUUGAAUUUGCUAAUGAGAAGAAACUAUAUAAUCGCAGAGUUAUGUUGGAAAAGUACAUUCAGAGCAUUAUCGAUGUACGAGAAUACCGAGAAACAGAUUUAGUCCUCAGGCUUCUUGAAGUAUCACCUUUGUCUUUCGUGAAUUGUUCCGGUGGUUUGAAAUUAAAAGAGGAUUUUGUUAAUAAGUCGCCAUCGUACAAUUACUUUAAUAAGUGCUGUUGUGUGUCAGGAAUCUGUCUACAGAAGCGGUGGCUUAUUUUAAAAGAUAGCUACUUCGUAUACAUGAAACAACAUGGAGAUAAAUUGAAAGCCAAAGAUGUCGACAAAUCAGCAAAAGGAAAAUUAAAACUCUCGUUUUCGAUUGAACUCAGUGGGAAAAACCGAUCAUGGCGUUUGUGUAAUAUAUUCUUAAUGGACCAAAACUUUGCGUUUAAAACGAGGAUAGUAGAGCGAUCAGGACAGUGUCAGCUGAAACUAUACAAUUCCCUUGGCGAAUUAGUUGUCAUUUGUCAAUCAGAUGAUAGAAUGAAUGAUUGGAACAAAGUACUUUCAUCACACAUUUACAAAGACGGUACCAGAGAUUUCAUACAAUACAAUCGUUUUGGAUCAUAUGCACCUCCGAGGUCCGAUACACAAAUAUGCAUGUUUAUAGAUGGGGCUUGUUAUAUGGAAGCCGUGGCUAAAGCAAUUUCCCAAGCGCAACACGAAGUUUUUAUUACUGACUGGUGUAUGCAUCCCACUGUAUUUCUUAGACGUCCAGUACGAGAUAACACAUGGCGCUUAGAUAUGCUGCUUCACGCAAAGGCAAAACAGGGAGUUAAAAUCUAUAUAAUGCUUUAUAAAGAAAGUGAACUUGCCGUUAAAUUUCGAAGCAUAAAAGUAAAGCGUUGGCUUCGAUCUCUGCAUUCUAACAUAUAUAUAUAUCGUUCUCCACGAUCUACACGCUUAUGGAGUCAUCAUGAGAAAAUGGUCGCUGUUGAUCAGUCAAUAGUUUUUCUUGGUGGAAUUGAUCUGUGCUUUGGUCGAUGGGACACCAAUAACCACAGGUUACAGGAUGUUCACAAAAUUGCUAAAGUUCAGGAGGUCAAUGCAGAAUUAAGAAGAAUAAAAAGUCUACGUAAACGAUCAAGGGGAACUUUACACCCUCAAGCUAAACAAAGUUCUGAUUUUGUUAACUUGGAAAUGCAAACAAUUGGCUCAGAAAGUGAUCUGACAAACUCAAGUUGUGACCAAACGCCCAAGCCACGUCAUCGUAGACUGACUAAUGCGAUUCAACGUGCAGGAGAUGCAAUGCUUUCUAUUAUGUAUCAAAUGGCAUUGGAUAAGAAAGAAAGUUUAAGAGUUUUGAAUGCUCAAAUGAGUCCUGCUUACUGUGAGUCAGAAUGGGGAAAUUAUGAUAAUGAUACGCAUUUAGUUUAUGAUAAUCCAUCUUAUGAAGACGAUGCUACAACAAAUGUUAUGAUACGCAAAGAAUUGGCCUCGCUAGAAGAGCUUUCACAUGCCGGUCAAAGAUGCACUUGGAUUGGACAAGAUUAUGUCAACUGGAGUUUAGUUGAACCAACUGCCAAAGAGCAUCCAGCAUUGGAUUUAGUAGAUAGAACAUGCGUUCCACGUAUGCCAUGGCAUGAUGUUGGCUGUGUGCUUGUUGGUACUGCUGCCUGUGAUAUAUCUAGACACUUUAUUCAACGCUGGAAUCAAAUACGAUUCAGGAAAAUAAGGUCUGCACCAAAAGGAAGUGGAAAACGGAUUUUUCAACGUCUCGUACCUGGAUUGUUACCAUCACACCCAUGUUCUCCAUGGACUGAAACAAAAUUGUCAACGAUCCUUGUAGACCCAAGGCAAUCUGCAGUGUGUACUGUACAAGCUCUGCGAAGUGUUGCUAACUGGUCGUUAGGAGUUCAAUCGGGAGAUAAAAAAGGUUUCCGUAAAGCUUUCCGCAGAUUAUUUCAUCAAAACUUGCCUAGUCGGUACAAAAAUAACAUUGAUCUCGAUGAAACCAAAGAACAAAUUGGAUUAGAAAAGUCGGUUCUAAAUGCUUACAUUGAUAUGAUAAACCAGGCAGAAAACUUUAUAUAUAUUGAAAACCAGUAUUUUAUCAGCUACAUCCUAGGAUCACAAGAAGAUCAACACAGUAAUGAAGAUCUUGAAAGCGAAAAAAAUUCUACAAUUGAAAAAAGUCCUCAUGAACAAGCAUCUGAUCACCUUCAACCUAGUAGCUCUAAUGCUUUGGUCAAAAAUCGCAUAUGUGAAGCCAUUUAUCUUCGUAUUUUACGAGCUUAUAAUGAAGGAAAACUCUUCCGUGUUUUCAUAAUGCUCCCUUCACUUACCGCGUUCAAAGGUGAAGUUGGGACUUCAUCUGGGACGUAUAUACAUGCAAUUUUACACUAUACACGACAAAGCUUGUUUACAGGUGAACAUGCUUUAAUUCCCCGGUUGAAACAUGUUAUACCGAAUCCUGAAGACUAUGUUUCUAUAUGUAGCUUAAGAAAUUAUGACGAAUGGCCUGAUGGUUCUAUAAGAACAGAACUAAUUUACAUUCACAGCAAAGUUAUGAUUGUUGACGACAAGAAGAUGGUUUUGGGAUCAGCUAAUAUAAAUGAUCGAAGCAUGUUAGGCUUUCGUGAUAGUGAAGUGGGUAUUAUAAUCGAAAGUAACUCAGACAAUGACUUAAUUGAGGGAAAGCUUGGAAAUACAUGUGCAAAAGUACAUCCAUUUAUACAAAGAUUUCGCAGAAGUUUGAUGGCUGAAUUCCUUGGAAUGUUGCCAAAGAUUCCAAAAGAAUACAAAAUGUAUGUGCAUCAUGAUCUGUUAGAUGACCCAGUGUCAAAUGAAUUUUUCCACGACGUUUGGAAUGCAACUGCUGUUAACAACGGAGAGAUUUUCGAGAAAGUUUUUAAUUGCAUACCUGGCUCAGGCUUGUUAACCUUUCGACAUUGCGCUGAAAGGAGAAAUGAAGUUCCAUUAAUUGUCAGUGAUCGUGAAAAAGCGAUUGAGUUACUUAAAAACGCGCCUUCGAGUGAUUUGUUAAGCUUAACCCUGCUAUUGGCGGUCUCAUUGCAGAGCCGAUUUUUGAAUUGUGCUGAGUGUUCAGUAUGUCGUCAGAAGAUGAUUGGUCGAAGUUGCCCACUCUGUCCAAAGUACAGCACAAGAUGCGCUGGAGAUAUUUGUUCUGGUAUCAUAUCAAAAUGUCUGGGUUCUACUCGAAUGAAAACAAAAGACAAGUCAAUUGAGUGCCUAUUGAUGCUGAUAGAAAUUGAGCGUCAUGAAUUAGUGAUAGAAGAGCUCAUUAAAGGUUUAUCAACUAAAAAUCCAAAGGUUGUUGUCGGAAGCUUACAGACUCUUCGUGAAGCUCUAAACCUUUUUGGUCCAACUGUUGUUCCGAUCAAACCUCUUUUUAAAGAGUUUGGACGACUACUUGAUGAUCGAGACCAAGGGAUCCGAAAUGAAACGAAAAAUCUCAUCGUUGAGGUCUACAGAUGGAUAGGAGUAACCACAAAAGACCUAUUAAAGGAUAUCAAACCAGUUGUGAUGACUGAGUUAUGUGAAUUAUUUAACUCUAUUCCACCCGGAAAACCUGUUCGAUUAAGAUAUUUACGUAGUCAAAAACCUAAAGAAAUUACUCCAGAUACUGGGGCUGAAAGUGAUCACAUUAAUGGCGCUAUUCCAGGUGGAACUUUAACCGAUCAGGUUGAUUUGGAUGAUAUGAUUACUCCUGUUGAAGUUCUUAGCAAAAUCCCCAGCGAUUACUGGCAACAAAUAGGGGAAAAGAAGUGGCAAGAUCGGCGUGACGCUUUAGAGGCACUUGAAAAAAUUACGAACGUUCCUCGGAUUGUUCCAGGUGAUUUCACAGACCUCGUGAGAAGCUUGAUUCAGGUUGUAAAUAAAGAUACUAACAUAAUUCUGGUGACUCUUGCUGCUAAAAUUUUGGGACAAAUAGCAAGAGGGUUAAAAUCUAAGUUCAGUCCUUACUCCCAACAAACUUUACAAGCGUGUUUAGGGAAGUUUAAAGAAAAGAAGCCUAAUGUUGUCCAAGCUCUAAGAGAAUCUGCUGAUGGUGCUGUAUCUUCGACUUCACUAGAUCAUUUUGUGGAUGAUAUUGUAGCCGCAUUAAGUCACAAAACACCUAAUGUACGUGCAGAAGCAGCCUUAAUUCUAAGUAGAGCGUUCAAAAAAUGUUCUGCCACAUCACUAAACAAAAAGGUUUUAAAAUCAUUUACUGUGCCGUUAUGUGUAACAUGCAAUGAUACUGUUCCUGAAGUGCGUGAAUGUAGUUUUGCUGCGCUUGGUGCUGCAAUGUUCGUCGUGUCGGCAAAAACUAUCCAGCCCUUUCUCAGCGAACUUGAUUCCAUCCGGCUGGCGAAAAUCAGUGAAUGUUGCGAACGAAUAGCGUCUGAACUUAGUAAUUCAAAUAACUCUGGUAACCAACUAACUGCUCCUUCGGCAAAUAUGUCUACAUCUGCUAAACCCAAUACUGCACCACGUCGUGCAGCACCACCAGUCACUCGUCCGAAUACAGCGUCUAGUGGCACUGGAGAGGCUAAUUCCGAAUGUGCUACUAAAGCACCAACUUCUGGGCCAUCUAGUAAAAAAUCGACAGCACGUACGAAAUCUGUUAUUGAGAAAUCGAAAUUCACCAUUCCAACAGAAAACUUGUUAACAGAGGAUGAAAUAUCUCAAAAAGCUUCUGAGCUUCUUGGGGAAGCACUUAUCAAGCAAUUAUCUGAUACGAAUUGGAAAGAACGCUUGCAAGCGGUUGAACAAAUGAAAUCUAACAUACAUUCCUUUACCGGUUCUGACGUACCUACUCAAAUUUUGUGUCGUGCUGUUCUACUUAAACCUGGAAUCAAGGAUACUAAUUUUCAGGUACUGCGCGCUCGAAUUGAGUACAUCGAUGCAGUUUUAUCUUUAAGCGUCUCUAUCAGUUCAAAUUUGGCUGAGUUACUUUUAUCAGAUUUGAUUGAUAAGGUUGGUGAUACGAAAGUCGGCGACGUUACAAAAAUUGCGAUGACAAAAUUGGCUGAGAAAACAAGUCUCGAAUUAGUUGGUGGUUUUAUAAUGCGCACACUAUUUCAGAUUAAAAAUCCUCGCAGUCAGACCGAAGGUUUGGCUUGGUUGAAUCAAAGCAUUCAGGAAUUCGGAUUUUGUAUUCCACCACAAGAAGUUGGACCACUUCUAAAAACAGGCCUCAAUGCAACUAACCCUUCUGUUCGACAAAAUUCACUAAAUCUUGCUGGGACAAUUCAUUUAUAUCUCCAUGAUCGUUUGGCAGCUCUCCUAGCGGAUGAGAAACCGGCUUUGAUUACGUUACUAAACGCGGAAUUUGCGAAAAACAAAGAUAAAAAAGCUCCUGCUCCAACUCGUUUUUCUACUGCCCAAACUCUUCUCAAAGAAUCAGUGUCUGCUGAACCCAGCGGAACUGAAGCAUUGUCUAGAGAUAUAGAAACUACCGGUCAAAUAGACGAGAUGGACUCAGAUGUAUUACUUCCAAAAGUAGAUAUCAGUGACCGACUCACACCUGAACUCCUGGGACUUCUGAAAAGCAAGGUUUGGAAAGAACGUUUAGAAGCACUGACUACUAUUGAAAAAUUUAUAUCUCCUUCCCAUUUGAUUGAUGCUUCAAACGGAAAGCUUCAAGAACCUUUGACUAUGAUAGCUAAAGCAGCUAAUGAUGUGAAUAAAAACUUGGCCAAACAAGCUUUGAUAAUCCUGUCUUCCUUUGCUUCAUCAAUACCGAAAUCAGACGCUGUGAAUUACAUAAAGUAUGUUGAACCCCCUAUUCUACUCUGUCUUGGUGAUUCAAAAGUUCAAAUACGUGAGGCAGCUGUAACUGCACUUAGCUCUUGGCAAAGUCGAGUUCCCAUUUUAUCAGUAUUUGAAAAUGACAUGUUAGCUGAUGCCUUAAAGAUGGAAAAUCCAUUUUUACGAGCCGAAUUACUACGCUGGCUUCAAGAUGUUCUCUCACCUAUGCCAUUAAACGCCCUGCGGAAAAACGCUUCAGAAAUAACAGAGAAUCUAAUACCUCAGGUAUUUGCUUCUCUUGAAGAUCGUAAUGUUGAAGCUCGUAAACAAGCCCAACUAGUUCUUCCGUCAUUAAUACAAGUUUUUGGCUGGGAACCUAUCUUAAAGUCUACCAAUCGUUUGAAGCCUACCUCAAAGGAUUCUAUUAUGCCUCAUUUGGAGAAAGCUCGUGAAAGCGUAGCUAAUUCACAUCCCUCAUCCAUGGAGAAAAAAGCCUCUUCUCCAUCUAAAGCGGUACGUGUAGGUAAUGGAACACGUUCACAACCUUCCUCAAAUGCCCCAGCUACUACUCCAGAAAAUAGCGAGGAAUUUGAAAAUGCUACACAAUCUUCAGGCAAUACCUCAAAGUCUAUUUCCGAUACGAAGAAAAAGGCUGAUAAUAAAAAGUCUAUCAACACGUCUAAAAAGUCAGGUCCGGAACUGGCAACGACAUCCAUAAUUCUUCCGCCAAAUAAGUCAGCUAAGAAUUCUAGGUUAAAUGAUGAGAAAAAACGCAAGCUUUUAAAAUGGGAUUUCGAUGCUCCAACAAAAGACCACAUACAACAAUUAAGUACAUUAUUCACUGCAGCUGGAACCGCUCCUGAAUUUCAUGCACUUUUAUUUCAUACCGACUUUAAACAACACAUUAAGGCGAUUGAACAGCUUUCUCAAUUACUAGAUACCACUGAAGGCUGUGAGGCUACUGUAAUAAAUGUAGAUAUUAUCUUGAGAUGGAUUGUUCUACGAUUCUUUGAAACUAAUCCAGUUGUUUUAGGCAGAUGUAUGGAUUAUAUAACAAAAUUAUUCGUUUUUAUGUCAGAGUCUGGAGCGAAUCUUUCUGAACAUGAAGGUGGUUCAUUUCUUCCUUAUUUGGUAAUGAAAGUGGGUGAACCUAAAGAUAUAAUUCGACAGAAUAUUCGCGGAAUAUUGAAACUUGUGGUUAAUCUCUAUCCACCCAGUCGUCUAUUCACAUUUCUCACUAAUGGGACUAAGGCCAAAACAAGUAAAACAAGACAAGAGUGCUUGGAUGAGAUGGGUUCUCUGAUUGAUCGUUUUGGAUUAAAUGUUUGCCAGCCCUCUAUUCCCGUUGCAAUCAAGUUGAUCGCUCAACAAAUUGGUGAUCGUGAUAGCGGAGUUCGAUCAGCAGCUUUGAAUGCUUUACUUUCUGCAUAUGCUGUUAUUGGUGAACAGAUAUGGAAGGUUAUCGGUGAUAUACCAGAAAAAGAACGUUCAAUGCUGGAAGAACGUAUCAAACGGGCUGGGCAAAUACCGAUCAAUACUGUAGAUAAUUUUGAACCAAAGACACCGUCUGUAAGACCAAGCACUGCAAGACGCGAUCCAUCAGAUUCACGUAAUCCUCUAGAGCCUGUUCCCAACGAAUUUCGCCGUCAGCAACCGGUUUCUGCAGCUCAUGCUAGAGCGCGUGCUAUGUUGAAUGAACUAGGUGAUUUAUCACCUGAAAAAGCUCCAUGUAUGCCUCCACUUAUUCAGUUGGAUGCUGAUAUAAGAGAUCUUUUCCAACCAGUUGAAAUUCCAGCAUUGAAAGCACACGUGCGCCAGCCUGUUCUUAAUGCACUAUUACGAACAAGUCCUGAUACUGCUUCGGCUAUCACAAUGGUCGUAACGGCUAUAUCUUCCAAUGAUUUACUAAUCAGUUGUCAUGCUUUGGCCGAAAUCGACACUGUUCUUAGAGAUGAAAAGUGGUACCUUUUACUCAAUCAUGUCAACCAAGUCCUAAUGCUUAUUACAAUGCAGUUACGCCAAGUUAAUUCGCGAUAUUUUGGAGAUCCUUCAGUUUCAGAGGAGCAAUUGCAUACAUUAAUUCGGUCUCAUUUGGCCACUAUCGAAUCUCUUUUUAGUCGUCCAACAUUAGGUCGCGAAGCUUCACGGGAAACUUUAAGAGAAUUAUCCCAGUCUCUCCUUCAAAUGAUGUUGGAUGAAAGGACUGCUGAAAUGUCCAGUGGAGAAAAUGUUAUCAGAUCGAUCAAUGCACUAUUUGUUCUUAUUUUGGAGGCUUCCAAUGGAACACGUAUACUCAGUGCGCUCAUUCGGUUACUACAUGAAUGUAUCAGUAACGGACACUUUACAAAUCGAUUCACACAAGCUAUCCUCAAAAGUAUAUGGCGUAUUACUAAGGGGAUGAAUACUGCAUUUAAUAAUUACUCUGUGGAUGUCAUACUUCUGGACUGUCAUCAUUUUUUAAAGGCUUUCCCACCUUCCUCAUGGAGUGCACGGAAAUCAGAUGUUCCUUUACGAACAAUCAAAACCCUAUUGCAUGUAUUAUGUGGCCUCCAAGGUCCAUCAAUCUUACAGUUUCUAGAAAGUAUACCUAACAAGGAAGAUUCAGAACUAGAGUCCUACCUCAUUCGCACACUAAAAACUACUUCAGGAGUUACAACUACCUCUGAUUCCAAAAAAAUACUGGCCUCUGAAAGUCAUUCAAAAGGAUUUGUACUUUCUACUGCAACUCGUGAGAAAUUAACCGAAAUAUUCAAGAAGGUCGGAUCUAAGAAACCUGAUGAAGGUUUAAAUGAACUAUACGAUUUCACUCAGCUCUAUCCAGAUGUAGAUUUAUCGUCAUACUUAACAAACACAAGCCAAUUUUUCCAAGCCUACAUAAAACAAGCUUUACGAAAUAUAGCUGUUGAACGCGCCCGUCAGGCUAGACUAAGUGUAAUUGAUAAAGAACCAAACACAUUAACAGCUCAUCAAACUAAUGGCAUUUUAGCGCGUCCUAAUUGGAAUCCAGAUUUUGAUGCAGAUAUCUUUAAUGGCCAACUAACUGAUCCCAAAGUAUUUAUGAAUCGAUUGGCGAUGCUACGAAGAGAACUGGGUCUUGGUGGUGUAUCCACAACGAACAUUGAUGAUAAUAUUGGGCCAUCUGAUGAAGCUGGUUCACAAAAUACAGCCUUUGAAACAACUCUUCGAAAUAUGGUUCAACCAAAAGGUGAUUCUCCUGAUGAAAAUAUUCAACCUGAAACAGAACAAAGGCCUACUAUGUCCACCACUGAACUAAUGGAUUUGAAACGAAGACUAGAUCGAAUCAAAAGUGCCCAAAAGCAUUAA